AUGCAUUUCACGUUUACCCAGGUGAUCAAGAAGGCGAGCGAUUUCAAGAGCCAAGAGGUCGACUUCGUGAAUGAAUUGGAGGCCACAGGCUACGAGCGUUGGAUGCCUGCCAUGUUCUGGGUUGCAUUCCUCCAGUACGCUUUGGUGGCGAAAGAAGCGCGCAAAGACUAUGCCCAGCUUCCCUUGGACUUCCUGAAAGAGCUCAGAGAAGCAGCCGGUUCUGCCGGAAAGUUGGAGGAACUUGCUUGGUUUGAUGGCUGUUUGAAUCUGGGUGUUCUGGAGCUUGCGCGCAAGGCGGUUGCAGAGGAGCUCUCUGAGAAGGAGCUGGGCAAGGCUGGCUGGGGCUCAGUGCCCCGUGAUGAGGUCGAGGACCGCAUCGCCACGCUGGAGGCCAACAUCAAGAACCUCAAGCCCAACCUUGGCGCAAUCGAGGACUUUCGACGUGCUGAUGGUGAGCAUCGUGCACGUCUUGGUGACUACGAGCAAGUGCACAAUGCUCGAGAGGACGCGCGCCGCACGCUAGAACGCCUCCGGCAGCAGCGAAUGAAAGAGUUCAUGGAAGGAUUCUCGGUGAUCUCCAUGAAGCUGAAGGAGAUGUACCAGAUGAUCACCCUCGGCGGCGAUGCCGAGCUUGAGCUCGUCGACACCUUGGACCCCUUCAAUGAGGGCAUCCACUUCAGCGUCCGGCCUCCGAAGAAGAGUUGGAAGCAGAUCACCAACCUGUCCGGUGGCGAGAAGACCCUGGCCUCCUUGUCUUUGGUCUUCGCUUUGCAUCACUACAGACCGACUCCGCUGUACUUCAUGGACGAGAUCGAUGCAGCACUUGACUUCAGAAAUGUGUCGAUCAUCGCGAACUACAUCAAGGAGCGCACCAAGAACGCUCAGUUCAUCGUGAUCUCCCUGCGCAAUCACAUGUUCGAACUGGCGGAUCUGUUGGUAGGCAUCUACAAGACACUCGACGUCUCCAAAUCCAUAGCUAUCAAUCCUUCCGGCUUUGAUGUCUCGCGUGGCACGGAGAGCACUCAGGAGCCAGCGGCUGGCGGAAAGCGGCCGCUGCCGCUUCAGGGCCCUCCAGGAAAUGCCAAGCGCCGGGCGAAGUGA